UCCGCUGGGCGGCCGGAGCCAUUUUUCCGGCUCGCGGGAUGCCGGUGCCCGUGCUGUGUUGGGGCUGCGGGACGCAGCGCGCCGUACUCCGGCGCCCCAAGACCGGCCAGGCGCUGUGCCGGAGCUGCUUCGCGGCCGCCUUCGAGGCGGAGGUGCACAGCACCAUCGUGGCGGCGCGGCUUUUCCAGCCGGGCGAGACGGUGGCCAUCGGGGCGUCGGGCGGUAAGGAUUCCACGGUCCUGGCGCACGUGCUGCGCCUGCUGAACGAGCGCCACGGCUACGGUCUGCGCCUGCUGCUGCUCUCCGUGGACGAAGGCAUCGCCGGCUACCGGGACGACUCGCUGGCCGCCGUCCAGCGCAACCGGGGCCGCCUGGGCCUGCCCCUGCACGUGGUCUCCUACCAGGAGCUUUACGGCUGGAGCAUGGACCGCAUCGUCCAGCACACCGGCUCCAGGAACAACUGCACCUUCUGCGGCGUCUUCCGGAGGCAGGCGCUGGACCGGGGCGCCGUCCUGUUAGGGGCGGACAAGAUCGCCACAGGUCACAACGCCGACGAUGUGGCUGAGACAGUCCUAAUGAAUUUCCUACGGGGGGACGUUGGGCGGCUUCAACGCUGUUCCGAAAUCCUGACGGGGGGCGAGGGAGCGCUGCCCCGCUGCAAGCCGCUGAAGCAUGCUUAUGAGAAAGAGAUUGUGCUCUACGCCUACUUCCAGGGCUUGGACUACUUCAGCACCGAGUGCGUGUAUGCCCCCAAUGCUUACCGGGGCCACGUCCGGGCCCUGCUCAAAGACCUGGAAGCCAUCCGGCCCAGCUCAGUGGCGGACCUGGUGCACUCGGGGGAGCGGCUGGCGGUGCGCAAGGACAUUCGCUUGCCCAUCCAGGGCACCUGCCAGCGGUGCGGCUACUUCUCCAGCCAGCCCCUUUGCAAAGCAUGCGUGCUGCUGGAGGGGCUCAACCGUGGGCUCCCUAAGCUGGCCAUUGGCAAAACCAACCGCCUGCAGAAGGCUUUGUUGGAGGGGGAAAGGCCAGAGGCUGACUCAGAAACUGAAGAGAACUCCAGGCAGGCAAGCCGAGUUGGAUGGACGAUCGACUUCUGAGCUCCCUCCUUUUAUGCCCUCUUUUCCUGCUCAGGGUUGCUGAGGUGGGAUGGGGAUUUAAAAAAAAAAGACUCUUAAGAAUAAACUGCAUAGAUCAGAGAGUUGGGAAGCAGCACACCCCCAUCCCAGUUGCUGGACUACAGCUCCCAGCAGUUCCAGGCAGUAUGGGCAAUGGCGAUGGUUCCUCGGCAGUAAUCUUACAAAGGUCCUUGGAUCCCCAGCUGUGGUGGUUGUUGCUGCUGUGUUUGCAUUAAAGAGGCAGGAACACACAUCCUGUGCUGUCCUUCCCUGAUCAGGAGCCUUCUUGGGUGUGCUGGGCUUCAGGUCCCUUGAUACCCAUCCAGCCUUUGCUCCUGUUGGCUGGGGGUUGUGGAGACAGUGCCCCCACAUCUGGAGGGCUCUAAGUCGUGGGGGAGGCUGCUUUGUGUGCAUUGCUGCUGCUUCCCAAAGUGGUGGUACCCAUGAGGUUUAAGGUUGGUCCUCCAGGAGAGUUUUUCCUGUUUCCAGAGUAAUCAUUUUAAAGCUUACUGAACUCAGCUUUUGACCAUUGCCCAGUAGGGAUCUUUCCUUUCACUCCUGAAUCAUGGCAUUGAGGAUCAUAAGAAGCUGUUUGAAGCCCAUCUAGACCAGACCAUCCAUUCUGGCUAAUGGCUGUUCUCAAGGUCUCAGGUUGAAGUUGCUCCUUUCUAGAGGGACUGGAUUUUUGUGUUAAACUGGAGGUGCUGGGGUUAAACGGUAUGCAUCAGUGUGCGGUAGACAUUCAUGGCCUUUGUGGCUGUCACCUCUGCAGCUCCCCUCCCUUUCAUUAAACUUUUGGACAUGCCAUUCAACCCCACUUUUAAUAGGCUUGGUUGCCAAAUUCAUGCAUUUUGCCAUACUACUGUGUUUUGUUUUGUUUGCCUUAGCACGAUGUGUGAACCAAAUCAUUACAGUGCUUUGUGCAAGCCAAACCUAAAACCAUGUUUUUAAAAAACUCCUAUCUGGAAUUCUGGGUAAACUCAGCCCCCAGCCUGGUUCUCACAAACUUGCUAAAGCAAGGAUUAUUGAGUAAGUCUCAAUACUGGGCUUGGUAUGCACAAUAUACAGGUGAUGGACCCUAGUUUGCAAAAUUUACAGAUUGUGCUGAAUUCUAGCCAAAUUACAGCUUAGUGGGAUGUGUGAAGUGUCUCCCAAGUGUCAGUACGUGUGUGUGCCAAUCUGUGGUUUGCUUCUUGGCAAUUUUCUGACACAUCGAUCCCAUAGAGACUUCAGUGUGUAUACCAAUUUUAUACAAAUUUUGCAAAUUUCUUGUAUUAUGGGAUAAUCAUUAAAAAGAUUUCUUCCUGCA